AUGACCACCAUGGCGAGUCAGGAGGUAUCAAGGGCCUUGCACAUCCGAGGGUGCGAGGUGAACUUUCCUCACACUCCAUACUCUUCACAGCUGGCGAUGAUGGAUAAGACCAUUUUCGCACUGAGGAACGAGAAGAACGUGCUGCUUGAAUUGCCAACAGGAUCUGGGAAGAGCCUUAGCCUCCUGUGCGCAGUCUCAGCAUGGCUGCAAGCUGCAGAGAGGGAGCAGCAGCAGCAGGGACAGCUCAGACCCGAAGGCGACAAUGAUCUCAAUGGCCUCCAUGGCAUGGAUCCUAUGCAUGAUGACGACGACGACAUGGAUGAGGAUGAGGAUGAGGAUGAGGAUGAGGAUGAGGAUGUUGGUGGAGCUGCUGGCGGUAACGAAGGCGAUGUCAAUGAUGUAAGGCAGGAAGACAAGGACAGAAAGGCUCGUAGAAAAUCUCGUCGCUCCCCGAAGAUCUACUUUGCCAGCAGAACUCACUCGCAGAUAGCACAGCUGGUACGCGAGCUGAGGAAGACGAAGUAUUCACCAAGGAUAUGCGUGUUGGGAUCCCGUGAGCACUACUGCAUCAACCCUCGAGUGAUGGCGUCGGAGAAACCCAAGGGAGAAGAAUGCAAGGCGAAGUUGAAAGAGAACAGCUGCUCGUUCUACCAUGGCGUCCAGAGGCUGGAGAACCACAAGGACCUGCAGCCCCAUGGGAAGUUGAGACUCCACGACAUCGAAGGCAGAGAUCGACCUCCUAAGGUUCACGGAUGCCCAUACUUCGCCGCGAGAUCUCUUGCGAAACGAGCCAACGUAAUCUUCUGCCCGUACAACUACCUGGUGGAGCCAGCGAUACGCGACGCCAUGGGGGUCGAGUUGGAGGGGAACACAGUGAUCAUCGACGAGGCUCACAACAUCGAAGACGUGUGUAGGGAGGCAGCAAGCCUUGAGCUGAAGCAUGAAGAUCUUGUUGAAACGAAUAGACAGUGGGAGGAGAUGCAGUUUGCCGAAGAUGCACAUAACUACAUGUUGCUGGAUGCAGUUGUCCGAAACCUAGCAAGCUACAUGAAGGAGCAAAGUCAGAAUCUGAUUCAACAGAACCAUCUCUACUCUUACAAGAUCCAAAGCGGGUUUAUUGCUACAGAUGUUUUUCGGAACGCGGGAAUCAACGAAGAGACUUUGAAACCUUUGAACUCUUUUCUUCAGAAAGCGAUCAAGAAACUGGACGAGGUGGAGAAUCAGAGAGAAGAAGAAUCAAGUCCCUUGCCCCCAGCCAAGUCUCUCAAGCUCGUUCAGGACAUUUUCUCCAAGGCCCAGCUGUUGUUCCAGAACCCGUUUGACUACAGACUUGCUAUCGAGCAACGAACUACGAGGGAGGAGCGAGGGGGGAGAAGGCCGGGCCAAGCCAAGUUAGAGCUGAGCAUGAGCCUUUGGUGCCUCAACCCUGCUGUGGCUUUCAAGGCCGUCUCCUCUCAAACCAGGGCUGUCAUCCUCACGAGUGGAACGCUCUCCCCCAUCACGUCGUUUGCAACGGAGCUGGGCACGACCUUUCACAUGACGUACCAGGCUCCCCACGUUAUAGACACCAGCAAACAGGUCUUCGUGGGCAGUGUCUGCAGUGUGCCCGGGAACCCCCUCCUGAAGCUCAACGGGAGCUACAAACAUCAGGACUCGGUGAUCUACCAAGACAACCUUGGGGCUGCAGUCCUUGAGCUGUGUAAGAUCAUUCCUUUCGGGGUUCUCUGUUUCUUCCCCUCCUACGGGUUGUUGGAGAAGGUCAAGAGCCGCUGGAUGGCGACUGGUCAAUAUGAAAAGAUUGACGAAGUCAAAGAUAUCAUAGUAGAGCCUCGCACUGGCGAAGACUUCGAUCGAGCCAUGGAGAGCUACUAUGAUGCAAUUGCAAGGAGCAAAGGAGAGGCAGCUCCGAAAGCCACCAAGAAGGCAGCGUCUAAGAGCUUCUUCAAGAAGGCCGGGCAGAAAGUUCCAACACCCGGCAAGGCCAAGACCGGGGCAGUCUUCCUAGCUGUCUGCAGAGGGAAGGUGAAGGUGAAGAAGACGUAUAACGACAACAAAGUUGGCGAUGGCUUGCUGAACGGAGACGAGUGGUACUCCCUACAAGCGUUCAGAGCUAUCAACCAGGCAGUCGGGCGUUGCAUCCGGCAUGUGAACGACUACGGUUCGAUCAUCUUCCUCGAUGAAAGGUACCAGCAGAAGUCCAGCAUCAAGUCAAACCUGUCCAAGUGGGUUCGGGAGUGCCUAGUGGACUACAAGACGUUUGAGGACUGCGCGGGAAGGCUGGGAGGCUUCUUCUCUCAACUUGCGCCUGCCGAUGUGGAGCAGCUGAAGGAGAGGCUGGAGAAGUCGGAGCCGAGCUGCAAGGCCAGCGGCACCAAGACGAGCAACAAGUGCAUGACAUUCGAGUUUGCUGCCGCGUCCUUGCUCGAUGCCCUGAACCCAGAGUCAUCUGAACCCCCACCCGCAUUGGGAGCGAACUCUGCAGAGCCUGGAGGUACUUCAGCAGGAGAUGCUCUGUGUGUGCUAGGAGGGCAGGACGAUCCUUGUUGCAAGGAGCCUCCAGAGGCCUGCGGAGGCUGUGCUGACAUAGAGAAGGAGACUGCGAGUUUCCUGUCAUGUUGCGGCCAAGAAGUCGACGUUGACUUCUGUCUCGAGGAAGUCAAAGAGACAGUCCAGCAUCACAGCGUCAGGGAGCUGACGCGAGCUGCCGAUGACAAGGGCGGCUCCUUCUACUGCAUCGACGUAGAACGAUCCUGCAACUUCGUCAAGGGCAGUCUACAUGCUGCAAGACCCUCGGAAGGCCCUGAAGGCACCUGGUUCCCUCAAGACGGACUUGUGCUCUCCAAAGUCUUCUGCAAACACUGCAGCGCUGAGAUGGGGGCGCAAGUCUUGGCGGCUACGAGGGAGAACGUGGACAGGAUAGGCAAGGUCUUGAUACCAGCAGAGAGGCUGUACCAAGGGGAGAGGGGAGGAAAGACAAGGAUUAAGGCGUCGCAUGAGGUGGAACAAUCCAAGAGCUCCAUGCUGCUGUCCUACUUCACGUCGAAGUCGUGCAAGGAGAAGAAAGGCUCGGCCUUCCAGCAGAGCUGCUAUGGUGCAUCGAUGGUCGGCAAGGCAAGGGGAAGUGAGAGGGCGGAGGAGAAGGAGAACGUCAUGAUUAUCGACUGCGAUGUGGGUCAAGCAGCUUCCCAGCAGGAGGUGAGCAAGAGCAGGAGUGAGCAAACCAGGAGUGUGCAGAGGUUCAUGGACAGCGCCGAAGCCUUCGACGAUGACGAUGACUUCCGUCCUUCAAGACCCAAGGGAGCUGCCAUGAAGAGCAAGAAGAAGCCAAGGACUGACGGGAGAUUCUAG